CUCCCGCCCCCGCUCCGGCCGCUGGGGGGAGUAGGCGUGUCCCCCAAGCGGCCUCCGGGACCCGCCGCCGCGCCGCGGACGUCACGAAGCGGCGCCCAGCCGCGCGCAUUGAGCUGGAGGCGCCAGCGGUCCGGUCCGUGGUUCCCCGCGCGGGGCCCGAGCCGCGACCCGCGAACCGAGGCCGGAGCGGGUGCCGCGGGAGGGAAAAGGGCGGGACUCCCUCCGGGGAGGGACCACCCGGGCGGGGGUGGAGCCUCCUUCCAGCCCGGCUUCUCCUCCCGCCGGUGCCGCUUUCCGCUCCCGGCCCUGCGCCUCCGGCCUCUGCGGCCCUUCUGGCCUUUCCUACCCCCGAGACAGCGGGUGGUGGCCAGGGAACAGGCUAAUCGCGGCGUAGCUGAUGUCCCCGAGGUGGCGGGAAGGAUGACUACGCUCACGCGACAGGACCUCAACUUUGGCCAAGUGGUGGCUGACGUGCUGUGCGAGUUCCUGGAGGUGGCCGUGCACCUGAUCCUCUACGUGCGCGAGGUCUACCCGGUGGGCAUCUUCCAGAAGCGGAAGAAGUACAACGUGCCUGUCCAGAUGUCCUGCCACCCGGAGUUGAACCAGUAUAUCCAGGACACGCUGCACUGUGUCAAGCCGCUCCUGGAGAAGAAUGAUGUGGAGAAAGUGGUGGUGGUAAUUUUGGACAAAGAGCAUCGCCCAGUGGAGAAAUUCGUCUUUGAAAUCACCCAGCCUCCACUGCUGUCCAUCAGCUCAGACUCCCUGCUGUCUCACGUGGAGCAGCUGCUCCGAGCUUUCAUCCUGAAGAUCAGUGUGUGUGAUGCUGUCCUGGACCACAACCCCCCAGGCUGCACCUUCACCGUUUUGGUGCACACAAGGGAAGCUGCCACUCGCAACAUGGAGAAGAUCCAGGUCAUCAAGGACUUCCCCUGGAUCCUGGCAGAUGAGCAGGAUGUCCACAUGCAUGACCCCCGGCUGAUACCCCUAAAAACCAUGACAUCAGACAUUUUAAAGAUGCAGCUCUAUGUGGAAGAACGAGCUCAUAAAAACAGCUGAGGGUGUGUCUGCCCCCAUGGAUGCCACAACUAUCGGACUUUGGGGGCCCCCAGCCUCGGGCAGCACUGCAGGGCCACCCCGCUUCCAAGUGCUCUUAUUGCCUCUGUGCGGACUGCCCAUCCUCCAGCCCGGAGCUGCUCAGGUCUGGUUGCCUUCACGGAGGAAUGGUCCCCCCAGGAGGGCAGGAAGGUGCUGGGAUCUCAAUUUCUCAGCCUCCUGGGGUUCAGCCGGUCAACACUGUCUCAAAUACUGUGCUGUGAGUUGUUUCAAUAAAGGGCCCCAAGGGCUGACCUGG